AUGACCAACAUUCACUCAGUUGAUCACUACACCAUCGAUUCUGCUGUGGCGAUAGAGGAGCGCUGGGGGUUCCUGUUGCCGUGGUGUGAGGUGCUCAAGGGGAGGAUCGAGUACCGCUUCCCAAAACACGAAGAAGGCGUAGCUUGGGCCACGCGAGGUCGCUAUCUAUGCGUUAUCCUGCCUGAGGGCGAACGCCUUGACGAAGAAGACUACGAGAUGAGCCCAGAUGACGAGGUCAAGUUCCAGAGAGAGCUAAAGCACGUGCAAGAGGCCCUGGCGUUGCUAUCGGUAGUCGCCUACGUGGACUACAAGGUGUGGAGGUAUUUACUGGAGACCCACUGUGGCCUAUACAGCGUUGGGCAAAGCGAAGAGGCGAGGUACGCCAAUGUCAUUGUGCCUCGAUUCCUGCUUAAAACUCGUGUAAAAGCCCUUCAGAGCACGGAAAAUGGGUCUUUCAACUCGGCGCUGGUCCAGUUCUGCGGAACGAGCCUGUACGACAACCCCAGCGACGAAUAUCUUGACGCGUUAUCAAGAAUUGCAGCUCUGGAUCCGAACUUGACUUCUGAUAGUCCCGGUGUGGACGUUAAGGUUCCCGUAAGAGUACGUUGGCACAGAUCAAUUCGCCUUCUGGAAGAUAUUUGGCGAGCGGAGCAGACAAUUCGAGAGCAGUGGCAAGAGCACGCGGAGGAACCCAUGGUACCACCGGCAGGCUCGUUGAGAUGUACGUUCAAGUUGGAGCCAAUGGAGGCGGAUUUCAGUUAUAUUGAGAGGGGUGUAAUGGCAGAGCUGCUGGAGGAGUUGGUAACGAGCAACGCUCGGUUCUCGCAGUUUUCUCUACACAUGAGGGAGGAGUAUUUGCUCGAAGACGACAACCCAACGCUGAGGAAGCUGUUCGUCAACGUCAUCACCCGAGUCUUUGACAAUGUACGCCGCCCGAUCGAGGAAGCACAUUACACAUUCGACGUGGAUGCUGUCGGUGAAGACAUUCCACGUCUCCAGCUCGGCGCUGUCCACCUCGAUUGCCGUUUCUGUUCGACCUCCAUGUUCGAGGCGUUUUGCUCGGCGAUGGUUGUGAACCAGACAACGGCCAAGCUGUCGAUCAAGUUAAGGCUCAAGGUUGAACACGAAGGCCAAGGCUUUUAUCCGUUCGAUCCCGUCAGGGCGCGACGCUGGUGGAAGUGGAUCGCCUACGCCUUUUUCUCCAAGCGAGCUCGGGCGUGCUCCUCUCUGAAGUCGCUGGCGUUAAUGCGGAUCGAAAGCAUGAGUAUUGAGGACAUGGAGGCGUUCACUGCCGUCGUGAAGUCUGAGCACCCGGAGGAGGAGCUUUUCGACCGACCCCGUGGGCUGAUCAAGCCUCGUGAUGCUACACUCAAGAGUGGAGCUCCGAUCCGGUGGAAGUUUGACGAUGAAGGUGAGCCCAACCUGGACUGGGAUCCGAUCACAUUGGAGUCCGAUAUUCCAUUCGUUCGCACCUUCAGCGAUGAUGGUACUAGCGAGUGGGUCGACGCGAUCAUUCCUGGCCUUGGGCAAUGCCAAGUCCAGCGUGACGAUCUGGAGGUUCAAGCUACGAGCGAAGAUGGUGUUGGUGAUUCAAAUGGUGGAGUCACGUCGUUAUAG